AAGUUUACUUGAGAAAAUCUAAAAGAUUGUAUUUAUUGCGUUCUUCUUAGAUAAUUUCAGUAUUUCCCAUCACAGAUGGAGUACAUACUAGUAUUCCCAGUUCCGAAUACUGGAAAAUAAAUGAAUAAAGCUAAACACGUUCUUUAAGCUUAAUUUUUUAUGUAGUAUCUUAUUUUAACAGUACAAAAAUGAGCAGGCAGAGCGAUCAAGCCAGUAAAGCUACAGACGACUCUAUCACAGACGUGCGGUACAAUUUCUGCAAGGACUGGCUCGAGAAGCAAAAUAGUGGAGGCGCGAAAAAGUCGCAACAAAAUAAGAAUGAUAUUCAGUUUAUUAUUCAGAACAAUGCCGAUAGGAAGAAGUUUCUGCUGUCCGCCGCUGAGGAUGAGGCGACUGUGCCAAACGGCGUAGGGGAAUCUUCAGUGGAACCAAAGGCUGUGAAAUUACAAAAACUGAGAACCAAAGAUGUGCGCAUGGAAUGUGGAUGGUUGUCUUGCAACCAUGUGACUGAAGACUACCGGGACUUCCAAGACCAUUGCCGCAACCACAUCUCAGACUUGCAAGUUACUGAGGAGGAUGGUAAAAUAAUCUACACCUGCCUAUGGGACUCCUGCAAGCACAGCAACUCCGACUUCGACGAGCUGUGUCGCCACAUGAACUACCACGCCUACCACGCCCGCCUUCUCGGUAUCGGCUUCAACGCCCAAGCCACGCUGAAGCUGACUUGCUGCAAGAAGGAUUCCAGCUUGAGAAACAAGCUGCCGUUGUUGAAGGAGGAUUUUUGCUGUCUGUGGGUCGGGUGUGGGGACAAGUUUAAGGCUAUGCAGGCGUUCCUCGACCACGUGUCGCUGCACGCGCACUACGCGGCGCGCCACACGUGCUCGUGGGCGGGCUGCGGCGCCGGCUUCCCGCGCGCCGCGCUGCUCGCCACGCACGUCCGCUCCCAUACAGGCGAGCGCCUGCUGGCCUGCUACCACUGCGGGCGGCACUUCGCGACCAACAGAAAGAUCGUGGACCAUCGCACGAGGCAGAACGUCCACCCCUCAAGCGAGUACACGUGCAACGUGUGCAGCUUCUCGUACGCCUCGGAGUACCUGCUCCGGCAGCACGCCCGGCAGCACGUGUCGCAGCACGCCUGCACGCUGUGCGACAUGUCGGCGCCGACGCUGGCCACGCUCGCGCAGCACGUGCGCUACCGCCACCUGCCCGGCCACUGCCGCGCGCACGCCUGCCCGCACUGCGCACACAAGGCAAUAACAAAAUCCGAUCUCCGCAAACACAUAGAAACGCACACGAAGAAGAAACGCAAGAAAGAAGACAGCGACAUUUCCGACGAGGAACGAGGAAAGAAGAAGAGAAAGAAAUACGCGUGCCAUAUGUGCGAGAAGAACGGCAAGGUGUUCUCAAGAGGGAGUCGAUUAACGGUUCAUCUUGUGAAGGUGCAUGGUGUGCAGUGGCCGUUCGGACACAGUAGGUUCAGAUACCAAAUAAGCGAAGACGGCAUGUACCGCCUAACAACGACCCGCUACGAGAUCCUCGAGGUCUCCAGACAGAUCGUGGACGGCUACAGCGGCCCCAAAGACUCCCUCUCGAACACCUUCGAAUUCAAUCUAGAACAAAAGGCUCAACCUACACUAACAACACCAACUUGCUACGAAAUCACGCUUAAGAAUGAUGAUAUGAAAAAUGAAGUUAAAAGCGAUGAGAAUACGGUCGAAAUUACAAUGUGCGAUGUCGAUGAGGAGGGUAAUAUUAUUUGCUCUGAGGUUAUUAAGUCUGAUGUGUUGUUGAGUGAUAUUAAAAUAUGAUAAUCUGAUGCUGUGAAAUCGAUUGAGAUCAAUGCGAGGCACCGACGAUCAAGCUUGUCUAUUAAGUGUUUGAUCGUAAAAUGUUUCCGCACCUCAAUGAAGUGCCGGCACUUCAUUGCGUUUAGUACGUCUCCGACUACUGGCGAGAUGUCAAGUAACGAAAAUUAAAAAUAAAAAUAAAACUAAAAAUGCCUUUGUGUGUUAUGAAAAUAUAUUCUAAUAAUAUCAAGAAACAAUAAAAGCAAUAUAAUAACAAUCCACUGCGAAAAAACACUUAUUUAAAGCUUAUUUAGAUUAUUUUGAAACGUCACUUUAAAUACUCGCGGUGGUACGCCAUCUUUGGUGCGUAGAUUACAUUUCGUAGAUAUAAAACGAGGUACUAAUGAUAACCUACCUUAUUGUUUGCGGAAUAUAUACACAAUAAUGAUAUAUUACUGUUUAUCUCGUAAUAUUCGAGGAAACGGAAAAAAUUAACCACGUAUUCAUAAGCAGGAAAUGGUUUUAUACAAAUUUUACUCAAUUCCGUCAAAAAAAAAAUUUUUUUUUUUUUUUUACAUUUUGUGUGUAUUUAUACAUAAUAAGUACAUGUUCUUGUAAAAUUUAUAGAUUAAUGUUAAUUGGUACAUUUUUUUGUGUAUGAAAAGUGUCCACCAAAAAACUUUAAAUAGGUGGCGCCACAAUACAUAGCGAACAAUUUUUUUAACUUUGAUAAAAAAAAAAAACACCGACAGCGCACUUCACCCCGUCAAUAACGUCUAAGUUCAUGUCAUGUCCUUGUGCUACCGUAGCACCUAUGGAGUGUGGAGUUAAGAGGAGUGACAUCUCUUAUUUAUUAUUUUUAUUUUAUUUUAUCAUAGGACAUUUUUUUUUUCUUAUGGUAGAACUGUUGCAAAAGUGUCCAGCUGUCAGCUAUAAAUAAUAGUUCCAAAUCUCUCCAGAGUAGCGCUAGAGUGGCAGAACCUAGGCGCUAUUGACGGAGUGGAGUGCGCUGUCUAUGAUUUGAUUUUUUUGUUCAAGUAUUCUAGGUAUUGUAGCGCCAUCUAUUUAUGGUUUUAUGAUGACACUUUUUGGUACAUGGAGAUUUAUUUCCUUGCCUCCACCUUCCGUAGUAGCACCACCGGAGAGAGAUUAUGUACAGCUGCCAGCCGGACAUCUAGAGAUUCUCCUUACCUCUACCCUACAUAGUCUGCGCCCCACUUCUGUAAGGACCGAACAUAUUGAAAAUGUUGUCUAUUACUUGACUAAUAUCUUAAUUGGUAAAGCGAUUUCAAGGAAUGCAAGGAAAGGAAUUGAUUAUUUUUGCUGUUAGAAAAUAAGAUUUGUUAUAAUCAGAGAUCGGACAAAUUAGCGUCAUUGUUCGCAAUAAUGUGGACAUAACUCCAAAAUUGAUUAAAAAAAUAAUCUUUUUUUUUUCAAUUCGAACUGUUUUAUGUUUAUUUCUGUACAAUUAAUGGAUGUAUUUAUUAAUCAAGUAACAUAGUAUAUAAAUAAAAAAACGAACAAAAUAAAUAAACUAAUUAUCAAUAUUAAAACUAAAAUAUAAUAGAACUUAAAAUAAACUUAUAAAUAAAAAAUGCUCCCCAGGUCACCUUCAUGCAUUAUGGUACCCAGAAGGCUGGCAGCGUUUAUUUAAUUUCUUACCUAAGAUUUAAUUUUGAUUCUUUCUUUUCUAGUCAAUAAAUAAUACAAAGAUUUCUUAUAAUGUAGAUUUAUAAAAGAAAAUAAUCAGUAAUUUUUCUAAUUUUUCUGAUAAUUAAAUGAUUAAUUUUUUAAUCACUUUUGAGUCAUAUCCACAUUAUUGCGAGCAAUGACGCUAAUUUGUCCGAUCUCUGGUUAUAAUCGAGAUGAGCGAGUGAUAUUCGUUCUUAGGUAUACUAGCUUGUAAGCAAUGUGAUAUUUGUUUUAAAUUGUAUUUGGUACAGUGAAGGAAUUUAAUUUAUAUCACUUAUCACUGUCUUAAGGUACGAAAUGGCGCUGAAAUUAACUUCUUUAACUGAACCUAGCAACAUGUUUUUUCCUUAUUUAUUUUCUAUUCUUUGUUAAGGUGGAUUUGUUGAUAUAAAAUUGUGGUCACAAAAAGCAUGUGUACUUAUAUUAUUUAUAUGACGUUGUGUAUUUAAUUUUGUAUAAAGAGCGUUGAUUUUUAGCUUCAAGAGGGAAGAAUAGCUUUGGGAUCCUAGCGAAAUAACGGUAAUCUUUCUAUGAAAUACCAUUUGAAUACUCGCUUGCUAUGAACGAUCACGUGGUUAUUAUCUUCUAAAGGAUUGAUGUUUUCAGGGUCACCAAAGUGGUAGAUUCUCCAACGGAAGGUUACUGUAUGGUUACCGCGGUUAUAUUAGUUAAUUCGCGGUUAUUUUCGUUCAUGGUUAGUACAUAGGUCACUAGAUAAGUUUUGCAAUAGACAAAUAUGAAGUAAACAGGUGGCCUAUAUCAUAUAUUUUUUAAAACUACUUUUCCAUAGCGAAUGAUUGGCUGGAAAACAUUUACUUUCUAUUUAAAUUUACUUAUUUAAAAAAUCUUAACUCUGUAUGAAAUUAAAAUGUUGUAUAAAAUAUAUGCGUAAAUCAACUUUAGCACACGCCGACGUUUUCAAAGUUUAAAUCUAUUCUUAAAUAAGUAAAUUUAAAAAUAAAGUAAAUGUUUUUAUAGAAAUAUAGAUUUUAAAAAUAUAUAUGAGACCGCCUGUUGUCUGCCUCUAAAUUUAAUCAAUGGUUUAUUUUUCUUGUAUAUUUUUACUGAGGUGUGCCAAUAAAGAGUAUUCUAUCUAUCUAUCUAUAUGUGAUAGGCCACGUCAUUGUUUCAUAUUUGUCUAUUGCAAAACUUAUCUAGUGACCUACGUAUUACGCACUUAAUGCGAUGUGUCGAUUUGUCAAAAUUUAAUUACCUACGUUACCAUGAAUAUUUCUAAGUUUAAAUAAAAUAACAAAUCAUAGACAA